AAUGGAUGUUGUUGUAACGUGAAACAGGUGGUGCCAGUUUAGAAUAAUAUCGAGCAAGUGAUUGAUAUCGGGGAGUUUUAAAAUGUAAAGUUUCUAAGAUAUGGAGGUCAACCUCCCUGAGACAUGGAUGAAUUGAAUAAAUCACAAUUACUUAUUCGUGUUAAACGUAAAAAGGUACGUUUAGUCGAAGAAAAAUUAGAUGAAAUACGGAAUGUUUUUUCAGUGCGACUUAACAAACAAUCAAAAGAGACUUCUAACCCCCGUUUCGUAUGGUUUAUUAUAGAACAAGAUAGAAGACUAGAAGAUAUAACUGAAGAGCUUCUUGUAGCCAAAGUACAGAAUUUCGUAGACACCUUGUGUGAGGGAGAGACGGAGGGCGAUGAUGGCGAGGGGGAGGACUCGAGUUACGACUCUGACCAGGACAAUGAGCUCCCGCGACACCAGGACGUGUCUCGCACAGCAUCGGACACUCUGGGAGCCGAGUUUGCCGAGUACGUGUCGCUCCCACCACAGGGAUACUUGGCCAAAGUAGAGUUCGGGCUCAAACUCGGCUACACCGAACGACAUGUCCAAGCUGCCCUACAGAAGCUGGGACCCAAUCCUGGCCAGAACGACUUACUUGCCGAGCUGAUAAAGCUGGGAGCCCAGACACCUCCUCGGCUGGGCUCAGGAUCCAGUGUGGAGGGUGUAGACGAGGCAGACUUUGAGCUGCUCACCCCUGCAGAUGACGCCUACAGACUCAGGCCUGUUGUUAUUGAUGGAAGCAAUGUCGCCAUGAGCCAUGGAAACAAGGUUGUAUUUUCAUGCCGAGGAAUCAAAAUCUGUGUUGAUUGGUUUAAAGCAAGAGGACACAAGGAAAUCACUGUGUUUGUUCCAUUGUGGAGAAAGGAGUCAUCUCGUCCUGAUAAUCCAAUCACAGAUCAAGAGAUUCUAAACGAAUUGGAGCGUGAAAAGAUCUUAGUUUUCACACCUUCUCGCCAUUGUAAUGGGAAAAGGAUUCAGUGCUAUGACGAUCGUUACAUCCUGAAAUUAGCAGCGGAAAUGGAUGGGAUUGUGGUGUCUAACGAUAACUACCGAGAUCUGAUACCAGAAAACCCAGAGUAUCGAAAAGUCAUCGAGGAAAGGCUGCUCAUGUAUUCUUUUGUCAAUGAUAGAUUCAUGCCUCCCGAUGAUCCGUUGGGGAGGUCUGGCCCUACUCUUGACAAAUUCUUAAGGAUACAGCCUCGCAGAGGAGACCCUCCUCCACCGUGUCCAUAUGGCAAGAAGUGUACCUAUGGUAAUAAGUGCAAGUUCCACCAUCCUGAGCGGGGGCCUUUGCCCCACAAGUCUGUAACCGAGCGACUGGCAGAGAAUGCCCAGAGACACUUGCAAGCUCGUGGCAGAGAUUCUAGUCCAGGAAAUCAGUUGAAAGGAAAAUCGCUUAGUCUUCCAUUGCAGUCAAGUGAAGGGAAUAUGAAAACACCUUUGAAGAAAACACCACUUUCAAGAACAAAAUCAACCAUUUCACCGGAUGUAGCAAGCAGUUUACCAGGAAAGAGCCAAAGCGUAGACAACAUUGAUGGCUCUUGUUUCCGAUCUCCUCCUCCCAGCUAUGCUACACCACCUCCACCCCUCUGGGGACCCAAACCUUGGCCUGACGAAAGCGAGAAUCUCCAUCGAAAACUUCAGAGACAGCUCACUCUGAACCCCAGCUGUGAUCCGAGGUUGUAUCACAUCCAGCGACAACAUCAGGCUGUGACUCGUGUCAUGAGUUGCGAACCACCCGCGUACUCUCCUCCAUCUCACCAGCACGUGACUCGCAUUGCUUCUGCACCCCCUGCCCAUCCCCCGGCUCAGAUGUGUUCCCGACCAUUGUCCUCCGCUUCGGACCCCCAGCUGAACCUGUCCACUCCUCCCCCUGCACUCCCCUCUUCAUGGUCGAUUCCUCCCCCCACUACGCCUCACCCGUCGUCUUUCCAUCCUCCCCCGAAGGUGGACGAGGUUAGACAAAGACUUCUCUAUCAUUUGGCAUCCAUUUUUCCUGAAGAACAAGUGCAGACGGCUCUACGAUAUUAUCCUAACGAGACCAACCCUCAAAAGAUAUGUGCUGCAAUUUUGUCCAUGUUUCCUCCAAAACCGUGAAUCAUACAAGAAAAAUAUCAGUGUUGGAACCAAGGCAGCUUGUAUUAGUGUAUUUUAUUCUUUGAUUUAGUUUGUUAAAAACUAGACUGGCUUUCACCCCUGCAACCAUGUUUGUAAUGAAGUGAGGUAUGCACAAUUGAUAGUUGUAACUCGUAACUCUUGUAGGUAGCCCCGUUACCCACAUUGACGUUAUUAGAUGUUAUGUUGUAGCAUUUGGUGUUCUACUUUCGACAAUUCUGAAGGCUUAUUCAACAUACGUUUUUAUAUAAUGAAUAGUAAAACACGAUAUCUUGUACAUUCCAUUGCCUUCUGAAUUGCUCUUGCCAGUUUCAAAAAGCUGUUUUCUAAAUUUCAUAUUUUUAUUUAUUUUAGUUAUUUUUUACAAUAUAUCUGUUUAUGUCAUGGCCUGCAUUAUCAGUAUUUUUUAAUUAAUUUUAUUGGUAUUUAAUAGUGCAGACAUAUUAUUAUUUUCAUGAUAGUCUUUAUUCGUUAAUGUUGAAGUUUGUGAGUGGAUCGUAAGCAAUUUUAGUAUAGAUAAUUUAGAUUUUAGCUUUUAAACUGUUAAAAUACUUACUGAUUAAAUAUAAUGAGAAAUAUUUCAUGUUUGGCUGUUCUGAAAUUAUUGAUCAUGCAAUAAUUUAUUAUUGCAGUAUGAUUCUUGUGUGUUUCAAUGACACAAUACCUCAGUUUGAAGGCUAAAAUCUAAAUUACCUAAAAUAAAAUUGUUUACAAUCCACCGUAAUUAGACUCAUCAGUGACUUUUUUAUUGCUUUAAGAACUCAUAAACAACUUAAGUUAUAGUUUAUUACGAAUAAAUGAACAAAUAUUUUGUAAUCAAAUAAAAUUUACACAUUUAGAUUAUUGUAUAUAGUGUUGUAUAUUUUAAUAGCCCCAACACUAGUUAAUGUAACUCUUAGAAACUAUGCAUCUCAAAAUGAUCUAGUAAAGAGUCAAACCCUCAUAGUUUACGUUGUACAUGUAGGGCCUCCCUAUCCCGAAAGAGACAGAUGGGAUGUAUUGCGCAAUAAGAAAUUCAUUAUACAAUACCUACGGGUGUGUGGAUAUUUGGUAGCUAUGGUAGAAACACAAAAACACAACUCUACGUAAUUAAAAGAUUUAUGCUCAAUUUCUACCUUAUGAACAUUAAAAAAUUAAACUAAAAAAUACAUAGUAGUUAAGUUUUUUUCAGUAUUUGCUCUCUGUAUUUUCAUGCCACUUUCUGAUACUAAACAUAAGUCAACAGUUUUUUUUUCUAAGAACAUUGACUUAAACACAUUCGAUACUUCUCACUUUAUUUGAGGAAUAUAACUACAAGCUAUAAACCAGUUUGACAGUGCAUUAUCGUUCAGUAUACCCUUCUUGUACAGUUUGUAUUAAUAUUCAUACUAUGACCGCAUCUUUAUAACCUCACGUACACUUUACUUUGUUAUUUUACGUCCAUUACUGUUAGUAAUACAAUUUGUCAUUCAAAAGGGACUUGUGUAUUCACAAUUAAGCUCUUAACAUUAAGAGACAGACCUUAACCUCCAUAAAGGGUUGGUUUUACAGGGUUCUUCUGUACUUAAAUGUUGCGCAUAAUACAUCAAAUCUCCACAUAGAUAACGUAUUGAAUGUAACCGGAAGAAUAUUACCUAUCAACACACAAUUUUUAAGUAGACACAAAGAAUGUAACGUAUAGUGCCACAUUCAUUUUCUAAUAUCCACAUUUUUAGUUUGUGUGCUACAUACAUCACUGAACCGUCUUUGCACCUGUAUGCUUAUUUCUGUUGUACCAAAAACCUGCCACACUGCAAGUCCACCAUCACUAACAACAUAUUAGAAACAGUUUUAAUACGAACAGUUUGGUUUACAUUGCAUAAAUCAUUUAAUAUUAACUUAAGGUGAUAGAUUCUCAAUACCGGUAUUUGACUUUUAUGGAAGCUUCGGGUGAUUUUCGGACUGUUUCAAAAAUAUCUAAUUUUUUUAUACUUGCACACCACUAAGUUCGAAGUCAAAAAAUUGUCAUAACAAGUGUUGUCGUAUCAGAAUUUAUAUGGCAUUGCCAAUGGCUCUACUGCCAUUUUAUCCAACCUUUGCAACCAAAUAAUCCCUCCCAAGUCUAAAAUUUAAUAUUUAUGUAAAUCACUACCCAUAAUAAUAAUGUAUCAGUUAUGAUAUAUCCUCAUUAAAUGAAUACUACUUCAAAAGGUGACACAGUGUUAAAAAAUGUUAAAAUGGCGUGUACUUCAUUGAUAAUAAUUUGUAUCUUGGCUCUAACGAAUUCUUGCUUUUAAAUUUGUAGGCUGGGAUUUUGUACCUAUUCUGCUCGAUUGAAAAGAUUACAGAACCUAAGGUAAAUAUUCAAGGUGCUGGACAAAACGUUUUGGCUUAUUUUCAAAUUAUUACAUAAAUUUUCAUAAUAUUUUUCAUUAAAAUUUGAGCAUUACAGUAUGUAUUCAAAAAGUACUUAAAUGUAUUGUACCUAGUGUUGGAGUUGAUAUCUUCAUAUUGAAGAUAAAUAUUUUGUUAUAUAUUUAAAUAUAUAUAAUUAACGUUAUGCUUUGUAAAACAAAAUGAGCAUUUUAAUCCUAUGUAUCUGAUACCAUGUAUCAUUUUAGGUUCUUUGUAUACAUCCUAGUAUAUACGAAUUGUGGUUUAUAAGAUAUGUAACUCUUAAAUAACUCUUUGUUUUCAAACCUUAUAACCAACAAAUCAGAAGUUUUCAAUCAGAAAAGUCCAAUUACAGCGUUUGAGAGUUGUUUAUGUUAUAAACCAUAAAACUCUUAAAUGUGUAUAGUAAAUUUAAGGUGUUCUUAUGUAAAUAAUUCACAUAUAUUUUUUUAACCAAUAAAUAUUAUGUAAAUUGCACAAUGCUUAAAAAUAAUACAUUAACAAACUAAAGUAUUUUUAAAGUCGGUUGUCAGUGAAUUCAAAUGCAGCUAACUUAGAUUUACUAAUGUCUCAGUAUCCCAGUUGCCAUAUUGAAUCUAUUACUGAAAGCGUUUUAUUCACUUUGACGUCUGCAAUCGCAGGUAUUAUUGAGUUGGUGGCAAUUACUAAGUGUACAAUACUGUGUAUUGUUUGUUGAGUGUAAAGUGACAUUUUGUCCAAUCCAUCUGUGCAAUUUCUACAACAUCCUCCAUUGUAAUGAGUUGUACAGUAUCUUCAAUGUUACUUUGUUGUUAGAAAUUAAAUAGUUUAGAAAUCUUUUGAAUAAAAUAAGUUGACACAAA